ACCACAGCGUACAUAGUAAAUAAAUAGAGAAAAUUGCGGAUUUUGUUUGCUACCACCGCUUUUUUUCCACUACAAAUAGGCGGCUAGACCAUCCCUUCUUCCUCGCCCAACGGAAUUCAAUUUCGUAGUUGAUCUAAACAUGACGACCAAGCUUACGGCAAUAGCCUUUUUCCUGCUCCUGCUCACCUUUGGUGAGUCCAGCGACAGGGUUGAACCUCCAUCUUCUCAAGAGAACGCUUUUGAUACGAGUGCUUAUGCGGUUCAUUGGGACCCAGAUCAUGCACCAUCUGAAGAAAAAGGUUUCGGUGAAAGUUCUUAUGCGGUACACUGGGAUCCAGAUCACACACCUUCAAAAGAAAACGGUUUUGGUGCGAGUGCUUAUGCGGUACAUUGGGAGCCAGAUCACUCACCUUCAAAAGAAAAUGGAUUCGGUGAAAGUGCUUAUGCGGUACAUUGGGAUCCAGAUCACUCACCUUCAAAAGAAAAUGGAUUCGGUGAAAGUGCUUAUGCGGUGCAUUGGGAUCCAGAUCACGCUCCUUCAAAAGAAAACGGGUUUGGUGAAAGUGCGUAUGCAGUACAUUGGGAUCCAGAUCAUGCCCCUUCAAGUAAGUACUAG